AUGGCCCGGUGCAGCAGUGGCGCUCGGGCGGUAGCGGCACACAAGCAGCAGUUUUGCAAGGGCCGCAGCAGCAGUGGUGUAGUGCACGGGUGGCAGCGGCUGCGGUGUAACGCAUCGGGGCGCAUGGGCAGCAUCGUGUGGUGCAGCAGCGCGCAGGGCAGCAGGGUACGCAGGGCAGCGGGGCGCGCAGGGCAACAGGGCGCUCAGGGCAGCAGGGCAGGCACAGCGCACGGGCGGCAGGGCGCGCAGGGCAGCAGGGCGCGCGGGGCAGGCGAGGCGCAUGGGCAGCAGCGCGCGGGGCAGCACGGCGCGCAGGGCAGCAGGGGACGUAGGGCAGCGGGGCGCGCAGGGCAGCGGGGCGUGCAGGGCAGCGGGGCGCGCAGAGCAGUGGGGUGCGCAGGGCAGCAGGGCGUGCAGUGCGCGCAGGGAAGCAAGGCGCGAAGGGCAGCAGGGCGCGCGGAGCAGCGUGGCGCGCGGUUCAGUGCCGCGCAGGGAAGCGAGGCGCGCGGUGCAGCGUGGCGCGCUGUGCGGCACGCAGGGCAGCGGGGCGUGCUGGGCACGCAGGGUAGCGGGGCGCGCGGAGCAGCGGAGCGCGCGGGGCAGCAGAGCAGCAGUGCGCUGGGCAGCAGCACCCGGGGCAGCGGGGCACGCAGUGCAGCGGUGCGCUGGGCAGUGAGGCGCGCGCGGCAGCGGCAUGCAGGGCAGUGGGCCUACACCAAGUGA